AAACGAUUCUACAGUGAUAGCGAAUAUUAAACUAGAUUAUCCGAGUAUAUAACAGUCAUGGAUAGCAAAGAAACAUGUAAAUCGAGGGAGAAUAUUGAUUCCGGCGAGGAAAUCGUUAUUUCCGGCAUUGCUGGCAGAUUUCCUAAUUCAGAUAACAUGAAUGAAUUACGAGAAAAUUUAUUCAACAAAAUUGAUCUUCUAAGAGCAGAUCAUGGUCGAUGGAAAAUGGAGCAUGAAGACAUUCCACGUCGUAUGGGUACUAUCAAUAAAGUACAAAAAUUUGAUGCGGAUUUUUUUGGAUUAUCUUUUGAACAAGCACACUUAUUGUCACCUGAAAUGAGAUUGUUAUUGGAAAGUACUUAUGAAGCAAUUAUCGAUGCGGGGAUCAAUCCGAAGCAAUUACGAGGAAAAAAUACUGCUGUAAUUAUAGGGAUAUCUAUAGUUGAAGCACAAACGGAUUUGUUGUAUAUAGAAACGGAGUUAGGCGGUCUGAAUAUUAUUGGGAGCCACAAAUCUACAGCGGCAAAUAUGAUUUCGUAUUACUUGGAUCUGAAAGGACCAUCUUAUGUCAUCGAUACAGCAUGCAGUACUAGUAUUUAUGCUAUGGACCUUGCUUAUGACUAUAUCAUGACAGGCAAAUGCGAAGACGCAAUAUUUGGAACUGCACAUUUACUUUUUAAACCUAAUACUACCCUGCAAUUUGCUCGGCUUGGUGUUUUAUCACCCGACGGUUAUUGCAAACCAUUUGAUAAAGCUGCUAACGGUUACGUGCGUAGCGAAACGGUGGGAGUGGCAUACCUCCAAAAGGCGAAAAAUGCAAAGAGAAUUUAUGCCUUAUGUCGGAAUAUAAAAGUAAACUGCGAUGGUUACACAGAAGAAGGAAUAACACACCCGUCAGCACAAAUGCAAUAUGAUCUACUAAAACAAUGUUAUAAUGAAUGCGGAAUACCGAUAUCAAGUUUAGAUUAUAUAGAAGCACACGGUACUGCUACAAGCGUUGGCGAUCCUGUAGAAAUUCAAGCUAUUCAUAAUAUGUUUUGUAAAAAUAGAGAAACUCCAUUAAUGGUCGGCUCCGUAAAAUCUAAUCUUGGUCAUAGCGAACCUGCGAGUGGUUUUAAUCAGAUCGCUAAGGUAAUAAUAGCAUUCGAAACUGGCGUUGUUCCACCAAAUAUCAAUUACACAUCACCAAGAAAUAAUAUAAAUGCCCUGAUAAAUGGAAGUAUUUGUGUUAUCCAAGAACCACUGCCACUUCAAAAUGGUUACAUAGGAAUCAAUAGUUUCGGUUUUGGAGGAGCCAAUGCUCAUACCUUAUUAAAGUGGAAUGAUAAACGGAAAAUCAGUAACGGAACACCAAAUGAUGACUUACUUAGACUCGUCGUAUUAUCUGGACGUACAGAAGAAUCAGUGAAGUUAUUUUUAAACGACAUUGCCAAUCAUCCAAUAGACGUAGAGUAUAUUCGCUUAUUACACGAAAUACAUGCAGAUAAUAUAAACGGUCAUCCAUGGAGAGGGUACAUUAUAUUGAAUUCUUCCCAACAAGAUUCAAUAAAGAAAAUUCAAAAUUGUGAAAGAGUGAAAAAACCUGUAUGGUUCAUAUUUUCAGCCUUGGGUUCUCAAUGGCCAGGAAUGGGUCGCAGCUUAUUAAAGUUUCACGUUUUCGCAAAAACUAUAAGUAAAUGUGAAGAUAUUUUGAAGCCCUAUAAUAUAAGUGUCAUAGACAUUUUGACAAAAAUGGAAAAAGAAAAAUGCGAAAACGCAUUAAAUACUUUUCUUGGACUCGUUGCUAUUCAGAUUGGAUUAAUAGAUCUUCUAACAUCUUUAGGAAUUACUCCAGAUUAUAUGAUUGGUCAUUCUACCAGUGAACUUGGUUGCGCGUAUGCGGAUGAAUGUCUCACUAUAGAACAAACUAUUUUAUCAGCAUAUUUUAUCGGUAUGGCAUGUACCGAAAAAAAUAUAAUUCAUUGCUCGAUGGCGGUUGUCAAUAUCGACUAUGAUUACCUUAAAAAUAAAUGUCCAGCGGAUAUUGAAAUAGUAUGCCACAACAGUAAGAACAGUAACGUUAUGUGUGGACCACCACAAUCCGUACAAAAAUUUAUGAAAGAACUACAGAUCAAUAAUAUUUACGCGAAAGAAAUCAACUGCAACGUACCGUUUCACAGUUCUUACAUCGCAACUGCGGAGAGUCAGCUUUUACUUAAUUUGAAUAAAAUAAUAUCAUGUCCAAAGAAACGAAGUUCAAAGUGGAUCAGCACUUCUAUACCUCGCACUGAAUGGUUCACUUCAGCAUCAGAGUUAUCAUCGGCAGACUAUCAUACUCGAAGUAUAUUAAACACAGUUCUUUUUUCACAAACAACGGUAUUAAUUCCAAGUAACGCCAUAGUCAUCGAAAUCGCACCCGACGAUGUUCUGCAACACGUCUUGACAGACUCCUUACAUCCAAACGUGACAAAUCUUAUAUUAAGUCGAUGCACCGAACAAAAGAACGAUAUAAUUCUCCAAGGAAUUGGGAAGCUGUAUAAUAGUGGUUUACAGCCGCAAAUUGCCAACUUAUACCCACCGGUGGAAUUUCCGGUUAGCAGAGGAACUCCUAUGAUUUCUCCAUCAAUCAGAUGGGAUCAUUCUAAAAAUUGGUUUCUACCGAGUAAUAAUGAUGAUAAGUUUAUAAAAUCGAGAGGGAGAUACGUCAAAAUAUUACUUCAAAGUAAAGAUUAUGAAUAUAUGAGCGAUCAUAUCAUUGAUGGGAGAAAUUUACUACCAGCAACGAGUUAUUUGGGACUCGUUUGGGAAACCAUUGGCAUGAUGAAGGGAGUACAGCAUACAAACAUAUCGAUAGUAUUCCGAGAUGUAAAAUUUAUUCGUGCUACCCAUUUGUCGAAAGAAGAUGGUGUAGAACUAUACAUUGCAAUACAAACAGAUGGAAAAUUUGAAAUAACCGAAGAAGAUAGCGUUGUUGUAACAGGUAUGGUGUACGAGACGUUGAAUCCAGAACAGGAAAUGAUUCCAAUAGAUCUGUUACCGGAGAAUAAUGAAGAAGAACACAUGACGGCACGAGAUAUCUACAAAGAGUUUAAAUUGUGCGGAUAUCAGUACAGCGGAUUGUUUCGUGGAUUGAACAGUGCUUCUGUUUCGGGACGCAAAGGACACAUCAUUUGGAAAAAUAAUUGGGAAGCAUUUAUGGAUAAUAUGUUACAGAUGUAUAUUAUCGGAAAUGACACUAGAAGUAUGUGCGUUCCUACAGAAAUUAAAAAAUUAGUGAUCAAUCCAAUGCUGCAUGCUUCAAAGUUACGGGACGACAUGGACGAUUCAAAAGUUACAACAGACAUAAAUAAACUAUUACAGGUACGAAUAUAUGAAGAACUAGAUACCAUAAGAGCUGGCGGAAUAGAGAUUCGAGGUCUUACAGCUACUCAAAUUUCUCGUCGGAGAUUUGUCCAAGAUGCUGUUAUCGAGGAAUAUAAGUUUGUAGCUCAUUACGAUCGCGCUAAGAUUUCCUUGAACGAAGUCAUUCGGUUAUCGGCCCAACUUGUACUGGAAGAUUAUCAAAUUAACAAAAUGGAAACCGCUGAGCUAGUAGAAGAUGUCGAUGACGUUGAAAUACAAAGUCUUUCAUCUUCGUUGCUGGUUGAAGCAUUUAGAGAUAUGCCACUGAUACAAACGAACGUCACUAUAUUAACGUCAUCAAAUCGUUUCAAACCAGAAGAUUUACCGCCAAACUUCACAAUAAAAGAUUUUAAAAAAUCAUCUUUUUCUGACAAAACUUUAAUUGUUGCUGGAUACAAUCUUUUAACCAAAUAUGCAUCUUUAAAACGACUAUUGUCAUUCUUGAGAGAGGGUUGUUAUUUGUUGACGCGUGAGAAACAUGACAUUGCUGAUUAUAAAAAUGAUUUACAGCAAUAUGAACUAAACGUUAUUCUCGAAAAACGUACUGACACAGAACUAAUUGUGCUUCUGAAGAAAAAAGUUUUCAUAAGAGAAAGAAUUGUUGUUCAUAUAAGUAACGAUAAUUUUAAUUGGUUGAAGGAUUUAAAGCCACUUGUGAGUGACGAGAACAAGCUUAAUAAGAAUAGUAGAAUUAUAAUUGUCGGAGAGAGAAAUUUUGAGUGCGGUUUAUUGGGUUUUGUUAACUGCUUGAGAAAAGAGCCAAGAGGAGAACUUGUUAGGGGAGUGCUCAUUCAAGAUGUGGAGGCUCCUAAAUUUUCUCUUGAAGACCCCUUCUACCUAGAACAAUUACAAAAAGAUAUGAUUAUUAAUGUACUGCGAUCGAAUAAAUGCUGGGGAUCGUACAGACAUUUAAAAUUAUCACAAUUGGAAGCGAAACCUGUACCAACCGCUCAUGUCUAUCAAACGAUUCGUGGUGACUUAAGUACAUUUUGUUGGAAAGAAAGUAAUCUAUCUGUCUCGUGUCGUCGUGAGAAUUUAGUCCACAUUGUCUACUCAUCCCUGAAUUUUAAAGAUAUAAUGCUCGCCACAGGUAAACUAACAGUUCAAGAAACGAUUUUAAAUAGACGGCAAUCUCAGGAUAUUCCUCUUGGUCUAGAAUAUGUGGGUUUCGAUGCUAACGGACAGCGUAUAAUGGGAAUACGUAAUACUGAUUGCAUAGCAAAUGUCGUUGAUAAAAGUGAAAGUCUUUGGUGGAAGAUACCCGAAGCGUGGUCAUUCGAAGAAGCGGCGACGGUCCCGUGCAUUUAUGCCACGGUUUAUUUAGCCCUCUACAUUCGCGGGAAAAUGAAAAAGGACGAUAAAAUUCUUAUACAUUCUGGUACUGGCGGAAUUGGACAAGCAGCUAUUAAUCUCGCUCUUAAAGAAGGAUGCGAGGUGUUCACUACCGUGGGCACAAGUGACAAACGGAACCUCAUUAAAAAAAUGUUUCCGAUCAUUUCAGAUGAUCAUAUUGGAAAUUCUCGAGAUACAAGUUUUGAACAAAUGAUUAUGCGUCAAACGAAAGGUCGCGGCGUCGAUAUUGUGUUAAAUUCAUUAGCGGAAGAAAAGUUAAUAACCUCCGUUCGCUGUUUGGCGCAAAACGGUCGCUUUUUAGAAAUUGGCAAAUUCGAUCUUGUGUUUAAUAAUCCUCUAAAUAUGUCCGAGUUUCGGAAAGGUAUCAGUUUUCAUGGGGUUUUAAUGGAGAAUGUGAUCGCUGGUAACAAGUAUGCGUUCCUAUUAUCUAAAAUGAUAGCCGAUGGUUUAAAAGAUGGAACGAUCAAACCAAUUCAAGCAAAAGUUUUUCCAAGAACUGAUAUUGAAGGAGCCUUUAGGUACAUGGCCAGCGGGAAACAUACAGGAAAGAUAAUUAUAAAUAUUCGUGAGGAAGGUGAACCUUUAGAUAAGCACAUUCUCGCGUAUCCUCGCUAUUAUUGUCUUAAAGAUAGGAGUUAUAUUAUACUAGGAGGUCUGGGCGGAAUUGGUUUAGAAUUAACCGAUUGGCUCAUACUACGUGGUGCCAGAAACGUCGUUCUGAUCUCAAGAAAUGGAAUUAAAAAUGGUUAUCAACGCAUGAAAAUUCGAAUAUGGAAAUCGUACGGCGUAAACGUUCUGAUCAUCAAAAAUAUCAAUGUUGCUGAUCUCAAAGGCUGCGGAUAUCUCUUACGAACUGCGGAAAAGGAAGCUCCAGUGGACGCCAUAUUUAAUCUCGGUGUGGUAUUGAAGGAUGGAAUUCUCAAAAACCAAACCGCAGAAACAUUUGCAGAGUCCUUCCAAUCGAAGGCUCGUGCAACGCAAAUGCUAGACAAACUUUCCAGAAAAAUCUGUCAUAAUCUGCGGCACUUUGUAGUGUUCUCAUCCGUUUCCUGCGGCAAAGGAAACGUUGGACAGACAAAUUAUGGCAUGGCCAACUCCAUCAUGGAAAGAAUUUGUGAGAAGAGAUCGGAGGAAGGAUUACCAGGAUUGGCGAUUCAAUGGGGAGCUGUGGGAGACGUGGGUCUCGUCGCUGACAUGCAGGACGAUAAAGGAUUAAUUAUCGGUGGCACUCUACAGCAAAAGAUAUCCUGUUGUCUAGAUGAACUUGAAAAGUUUUUACUUCAAAGUCGGCCGAUUGUAAGCAGCAUGGUUGUAGCUGAAAAAAAAAUGGAAAAUCACGGAAGUCUCGUAGAAACAAUUGCUAAUAUUUUAAACAUAAGUGACAUAAAAACUAUAAGUUCACAUUCAUCUUUGGCCGAACUUGGAAUGGACUCCGUGACGGUUGUAGAAAUCAAGCAUUCUCUGGAAAGAGAAUUUGAUUUAUAUUUCACGCUACAAGAUAUACGAAAUCUCACUUUCGCAAAACUCGCUAAAAUAUCCAUUGCAAAUAUUAGAGAUGACGAUGCGGAUGAUAAAAAAAAAUUCGACAUGGAAAAAUCAGAUAUUAUAAAAUUUUUAGUUGGUGUUCUAAAAGAGGAUAAAGAUUAUGUUCCUCCAACAAACUUUUCGGCCAAUCGUCAAAGUACUAUGACUGAGGUAUUUCUUAUACCGGGAAUUGAUGGAUGUGGUACUGUAUUUAAAACUAUAGUACCAUUAAUUAAAUUUCCAACGUCGUCAUUGUAUUAUAACACGAACGAUAUUUAUUGUACUACAAACACGAUAACGGAGACUACUAAUCGUCUGAUAAACCUCAUACUUCCAAUGCUGACAGAAGGAAAAGAUUGUGUAAUGGUAGGAUACUCCUUUGGAUCUCUUAUUGCAAUUGAAGUAACAAGGAGAUUGGAAGCUAUGAAUUUUAAAUGCCGACUUGUUCUCAUCGACGGUGGUCCUGAGCUAAUGCGAACAUUAUUCAAAGCUUUUGAGUUUGAUUUCGACAAUGCAAAUUUUCAGAUUGAUAUCUUAACUAAUAUUAUGGAAAUGUAUUCAGCGGGAAGUUCUAAAAUGACUUUACUGGAAUUAAAGAAAUGUGAAAGCUGGGAUGAAAGAUUUAAUAUUAUCGCUAAACAUUUCUCAGCCGUAUACAAAUCUCUCUCGUUUUCAAAUUUAAAGACUCUGUGUACCACAAUUUACAAACAUUUUUCCGCUCUCCGAGAAUAUGAUCCUUCUAUUUUACCGCCUAUUAAGUCAUCCAUAAUAUUGCUAAAAUGUACAAAAACGUUAAAUAUACCAACAUAUGAAGAGGAUUAUGGCAUGCACAAAGUAACUCAAAAUAUAGUAAAAGUACAUUAUAUUGAAGAAAAUCAUAUGACAAUCUUGAAGAAUGAAAAAGUAGCAGCUGCCAUUAACGGGGAACCACCAUUUACAGUUUAAUGGGUAAAUAUGACGAAAGCCGCGUAUACACCUAUCGAACGAACACAGGACAAACAACGAACGCGACUGAAUAAAGGAUCAGACAGUCCCGAUGACCUUCACCUUGACAUAUAUUGUGUAAAUCAUAACCCUGAGUGAUAUUUUCUAUCAAUAAGAAAAGUGAAAUAUUAACA